AUGUGCAUUUGUAUACAUUUUGGUUUAGAUGAGUCGAAGUCUACAGCAGCACCUCUUGUUAUUGCUGGAGUGUUACCCUGCUUGCUGAUGAUUGUUAUUAUUGUUAUUGCUGUUUGUGUCGUUCGGCAUCGCAAGAGAUGCUGCAACAAUCACAUGCAGAAAAACGAUGCCAAAGACACAGAAACAAAGGCUCGUUGCUAUGAGAUGCCAUCAAUUGCACAAACCACACGUGCAAUCGAUGAUCUAGACAUGACAAAAAGUAAUGCAUACAAUUCUGUCACCGUGGAGACAAGUGAGAUUGCUUCGUACGCUGACGCUGGCACAACAGUGAUGCAGAGCAAGGUUGGGUCACUAACAACACCAGACGAUUCCAUUAUCUACGAAGAGAUAAACAGUUGAAUUUACAUCAAUGAAAAA